CUUGUCAAAUGAACGGCGAGGACUAUUCAAAGAGCUACGAGUGGAAGAGGCUCGGGGCGUUUUGCGCGGGGUCCCGCCACGCAGUGCCGCUGAAUGGUGAAGGGGUCGGGUGCUUCGGGCAGCGUGAUCGUCGCGGCCAGCCGAAGCCAAGCGUGUCUCUGGCAGCACAGGCGGUUGGGCACGGGUAGUGUGCGUGGCUCCGGCGCUGGCAAUAGGGGGGCAGGCGGUGGCAGCGCGCAGUGACCGGGAGCGGGAGAUCUGCUAUCGGGGAAGAAGCUCAGGCACCGGGCGGGGAUCGGAAGCCGAGGGGAGACAGGGCAUCACCAUCACUCAAGGAUAGGGCUCUGGGAGCAAGGGUCAGGCGUUGUCAUUAGGGAUUGCGCUUUGGCAGCGCGCUGGUUUACAGUGUCAUUUCGCUUUUGCUGAUUUGGACAUAAAGCUCGAAUAGAGUAUGAAGCUCUUAAAAUGCAAUUCCAAAUGUACUUGUUGGUGUGCAAUAUUCUCUACAUACUGUCUGAUUGGUGCUGCAUUAUUUAUUGAAAAUAUUGCUGCUCUAGGAAUUCAACCAGUAGCUCAGCCAUACAAUAGUCUAGAAGAAGGUCUGGAUAAUACUGCCUACUGGUGGGGUGAAUGGGCUAAAUGGACAGGAUGCACUCGGACCUGUGGGGGAGGCAUCAAGACACAAGAAAGGCACUGUUUGAAGCAAAGCAGAAGAAUAGCAGUGAUGACAACUGAUAACCAGACCUGUACAGGCACUUCUAAAAGAUAUCAGCUGUGCAACCUGCAGGACUGCCCAGCUAAUGGGAGGAGCUUCCGCGAUGAGCAGUGCUCUUCUUUUAACUCUCGUACUUAUAAUGGAAGAACUUACAAAUGGAAGCCAUUGUAUCCAGAUGAUUAUGUGCAUAUUUCGAGCAAGCCUUGUGAUCUUCAGUGUACUACAGCAGAUGGACAGAGACAACUGAUGGUCCCAGCACGGGAUGGAACAUCUUGUAAAUACGGGGAAUACAGAGGAGUCUGUAUAGCUGGAGGGUGUGAGCCUAUUGGAUGUGAUGGAGUACUUUUUUCCACCUUAACCCUAGACAAAUGUGGUAUUUGCCAGGGCAAUGGAAGCAGCUGCAUACGAAUUACUGGCAACUAUCGGAAAGGAGGAUCUCACAUGGGUUAUUCCCUUAUAACACAUAUCCCAGUCGGUGCAACAGACAUUCAGAUAAUUGAAAGAAAGAAAUCAGAUGAUGUUCUAGCUGUUGCUGAUGAGCUUGGAAACUUCUUUGUGAAUGGUGGUCUAAAAGUAGAAGGUCCAAGAAACAUCCAACUUGCAGGCACAAUUUUUAAAUACAGGAGACCAAUGGAUGUUUAUGAAACUGGACUUGAAUAUAUUGUGGCUCAAGGACCAACCAAUCUGGGAGUUAAUAUUCUGUUAUUAAUUCAAAGUGGCAAGAAUCCUUACAUUACUUAUGAGUACACAAUACCACGGAUUGUACACUUCAAGCGUCUUCGACCUUCCUUUGAUUCAUAUUAUGUAACUGGAUCGGAUUCUCAAGGCAGAGAAAAUAAUGAACAGACUUACUCAGACAGAGAUGAGCGUGUGGAUAUUCUUUAUACCAAUGCAAGUUACAGUGAGAAACUAUCGAAAGAAGUUACUAGAACAGAAAACCAGAUGUUAAGAACAGGGCAAAAUCUACCUGAAUAUGAUAUGACCAACACAAUCUAUAAUAGGGAAGGUUCGAACCCUGAGUUGGAAGAUAUUAAAAAUAACACUCAACCUAACAGUGUUGAAGACAUUGAAAAUACAGCGAUAGACCUUGUCUCAAAGUUGACCCCACAAGGGUAUAUAUAUAUGUCAGAGAUUCAGUUGACAGAUAGACUUGCUAAAGGACGUACAAAGGGGCAAACUGAAAGUGGUGCAAAUGUGACUGAAAACACAGAAGGAAUCCUACUUUAUGCUGCAGAGUCUACUGCAACGGGCUUCCGGAUUAAUUAUGACAAAAAUGAAAACUUGGGGAGCCAGAGAAUUAAUGAUACAUUUUUGGAACUGACUUUUGGCAAAGGUUUUAACACGUCUGCAGAGAUUCCCUUCUCCAAUGAAACACUUAUGCACAUUAUUCAACAAGCAAACCGAACACAGAAAUUACGAAACAGACUCAAGCAGUUAAGAAAGGGCUUGGGUGUGAGCCCUGCAGACAUGUACCGAUGGAAGUUGUCAUCUCAUGAACCUUGCAGUUCUACUUGUACAACAGGAGUCACCACUUCAUUUGCGGUGUGUAUUCGUUACGAUGGUGUUGAAGUUGAAGAUUCAUUCUGUGAUUCUGCAACUCGACCAGAGCCAAUUCAUGAGUUUUGUGUAGGAAGAGAAUGUCAACCAAGAUGGGAGACAAGUAGUUGGAGUGAAUGUUCACGAACCUGUGGAGAAGGAUACCAAUUUCGAAUAGUCCGUUGCUGGAAGAUUAUUUCUGCAGGAUUUGACAGCUCAGUGUACAAUGAAAUGUGUGAAUCUGCUGAUCUCUUCAGGCCAUCAGAACGUAAAAUCUGCAAAAAUCCAGCUUGUGGCCCGCAGUGGGAGAUGUCAGAAUGGUCAGAGUGUACAGCAAAGUGUGCAGAACGGAUUGCUGUGACCAGAGAAGUGAGAUGUUCAAAUGAAGAAUGGUUGUGUGAUGAAAAUACAAAGCCACCAUCGCAGAAAGAAUGUGUUGGACCCCCUUGUGAUCGACAGUGGACUGUUUCAGAUUGGGGCCCAUGCUCUGGUCCUUGUGGGCAGGGAAGAAUGAUAAGGCAUGUGUACUGCAGAAACACAGAAGGCAGAGUUAUGCCUGAAUCUCAGUGCAGCCCUCAGUUAAAACCACAUGCAAUACAUCCCUGUGGAGCCAAAGAAUGCUCUCCACAUUGGCUGGCCCAGGAUUGGGAACGGUGUAAUACAACAUGUGGCCGAGGGACAAAAAAGAGAGUUGUUUUGUGCGUGGGAAUUGUGAAUGGAAAAGUUACAACUUUCAAUCCUGAGGAAUGUGAUCCAGCUCAGAAGUUAGUUGAAGAAACAACGUGCUUUGAGCGGCCAUGUUUCAAAUGGUUUACAACUUCAUGGUCUGAGUGCACUAAAACUUGCGGUGUUGGAAUUAGAAUGCGUGAUGUAAAAUGUUAUCAGGGAAAAGAAAUUGUCCGAGGAUGUGAUCCUCUUUUGAAACCAGUUGCACAACAAAGCUGUGAUCUCCAGCCCUGUCCUACCCAACCCCCAGAUGACAGUUGUCAAGAUCAACUUGGGACUAACUGUGUGCUGGCAAUAAAAGUCAAUCUGUGCUCUCACUGGUAUUACAGUAAGGCAUGCUGCAGGUCUUGUAGAACUGCUAAUUCAUAGUACAGACACCAGAAUAAUUGUAUCUUUCAAUAUGUGGACAAAAGAAUGAUGUGUCUGGUGAAAUUAGUUAUAUUACAAGGAUUUAGUGUUCUUUUUCUAUCAGGAGCCCUUACUUGAUUAUUGCAGUGCCAUCAAGCUGCACAAGAUCUCUGUGAAACUGUCAGGUUUCCUGGAUACAUAAAGCUGAUAGUCCCCAAAGUCCACACCAAUAUAUAUAUAUCUACAUAUCAGUAAAAUGAUAAAGCUAGCAUAUUCCAUUCACACUAUCUUAUAAAUUAUUAUAGUACAAGACCAUUCCAACUAGUGCUAUUGAACACCAAGACAUGGUUGUGGGAACAAUGGUAUUAGCUCUGCAAGUUAUCAUGCAAGAUGAGCUAGCACAAUGAUAAUUCCUUAUUAAUUUAAUGUGAUUCUGUAUUACAUGCUAAAUGAUAGAAUAGGUAAUGUUUUAACCUUGAUAUUUUCAUACAGUAUGUGUCUUUAAUACACUGAUUACAAAUAUUUUUCACAUAGUAAUGGAGCAUAGCUCCCAAAAGGGCAGACAAGGCAUCCAGUAUCAGAGGUGCUGAUCACUAAAGUACUCCUAUCCUCAAUGCAUUGCCUUUGCCUCAGUCAGUUCAGCCCCUCAGCUUUAGUCAACUUUUCCUUAUGCCACCCAUAGCACUCAGUCUUUGGGAUUACUGUUAAUUCAAUAUUUAGGUUUCUGCUUCUUUCUGGAAUCCUUUUUGUAUCCACUGUUGUCAAUGAAUUUUAAAUUUGAGGCAAUACCAUAAAGAUCUGUGUUGUGGCAGCACUUAACAUUUCAGCAGCUAGUGAAACUGCUGAUGCUAUUCUCAGAACUCUCAGCCCUGAUAUUGUAUAACUUUCAAUCAAAAAUAGAAUGAAUUCGUUUGUCCGGCUAUCACCUCUGAUUUACAAUCUUCAGGAAUAAUAUUUAGUUCCUCUUACUUUUUCACAGAUGAAGUGUUCUAAAACCUACAAGCUACUUUUUAUAAAGAACCCAGUAUAAUUACCAGGGACAGAUUGUCAUGUGAGGUACAAAUUAUGACAGUAAAAAUCAUCUAGAAAAUAUUAGUAAUAAAUUCAGCUUUUUACCGUAAAGUCAAAGAAUUUAGAUUUGUCUUUAGUAAUGACUUUACCUGUUUCAGAUUUUAACAUGCAUCAUGAUUAAGAAUUAAAAUUGGAACCAUUGCCUCCACCUGAAAAUAACUUCUGGUCUGUUAUACUGUACCUGCCAAUAUUUGUGUAAAGUUUAUGUAACAUCUAACCUAGAAGCACUCAAAAAACCAACCAACCAGUUAAUUUUGCUGUCAACAUGAUGCAAAAAUAAAUAUUCCAAGGUGUCCCCUUCCUCCUUGUGAUUAUAGGUAACAAAAUAUCUUAAAGUUGAUUUAUCAUCUAAAAGUUCCCAGCUGUUUCACUUUUUCUUAUUACUGAUAUCGUGCAGACGUUUUUUAAUAAAGAAAAUAAUAUUAUUUUACUGUUUUAACUCAUAUUCCUGUGCCAGAAAACCCAGGCUGACUGUUGCAAAUAUGCUUAUAUUUAAUAGCUUGUAAUCUGUAAUUUUAUAAUUAUUAUUAAUGACGAAGUGAUUUCCUUUUUUCCAGAUGCAUUUUAUGAAUCAGAUAUACUGUUAGAGUCUUAAGUUUUAACCCAGUGCAAAAUAUUUAUCCGGGCCACUUGGAAUUAGGGAA